ACACGUGUGAUCUGCUUGACAGGUUCUUCUCAUUUCCUUCAUGUGCACCGCGUGUGUGAUAAUCUUCACGGCCAAUAUCAUUCUUCAGUAUUGUCAAUUGAUUCUGCUGACCUUUGACCUUGACUUCAUGCUGCUUCUAGUUGACUUCGAACUGAUGAUGAUUCACUAUGAGCAGAUGAUGCUUCACUCUUAACACUAACCAAUCCAACACCAAUCAAUUGUAAACCGACGCCCAAAUUGCUAAAGUCCUCUUUCGAGCAGUCAUCAUCGUUUCAGUCAUCUUUUAAUGGCUUUGCUCCUUAAGUGAAACGGGUUACAAUAAUUCCAGCCUUUUUCCUCGGUAUUAUUUCACAAUAAUUUCAUCCCUUGUUCAUUGAAUGAAAAAAAUUCCUAACCCAACCCAAUAAGGUAGCAAGAGCUUGGCUAUAUAAAUUAAAGCAGGAAGUCGAAGUCGAGGGCAUCGAAAUUUCAAGGAAUCGAAGAUGGCAGUCAACGUUAGAAUGAGAGAGACAACGGUGGUGAGGUCAGCAUCGGAGACUCCUCGGCAGUCGCUUUGGAUCUCAAACUUGGAUAAGGUGAUGCCCAACACUCACACUCCCCUUGUUUAUUUCUACAAGCCAAACAACAUCGCUGGUGCAGGCGAGGACAACAAUUUCUUUGACAUGCGCGUGUUGAAGGACGCGCUCAGCAAGGCCCUCGUGCCCUUUUACCCUUUGGCCGGCCGCCUACGGCAGAAAAAGGACGAGGGAGAGAAUGGCCGUAUCGAAAUCGAUUGCAAUGCAGAGGGGGCCUUGUUUUCUGUGGCCGAUAGCAGCUCUUGCAUUAGUGACUAUGGUGAUUUUGCGCCCACUCCCGAAUUUGGGAGAGGCCUCAUCCCCAUCGUUGAUUAUUCCGGUGGGAUAUCUUCUUUUCCCUUGUUGCUGGUUCAGAUCACAUACUUGAAAUGUGGUGGAGUGGCACUUGGUCUUCGCGUGGACCAUCGUGUAGCAGAUGGAUUAUCUACUCUCCACUUCAUAAAUACAUGGUCUGAUAUGGCUCGUGGUAUCGACGUUGCAAUUUGGCCAAGCAUGGACAGGACGAUACUUCGUGCCCGAGACCCACCCCAGCCUUUACCCGACCACAAUCACCACAUUGCAUUCCCUCCUCGGAAUAAGCAUGAGAGCACUGCAGCAACAACGGUUACAAAAUUUAGAUUUACAAGGGAGCAGCUCAAUGUCUUGAAAGCUAUGUCAACCAUGACUAAAGCGGAUGGCGAUGAUAUGAACACUUUACCUGUCAAGUUUACCACAUUUGAGGUGUUUGCAGGUCAUGUAUGGAGAUGUGCCUGCGAGGCACGUGAACUAGCUAAUGAUCAAGAAACUAUAUUAUACCUUACUGUAAAUGGAAGGUCCAGAUUACAACCCCCUCUGCCACCUGGUUACUUCGGUAAUGUGGUUUUCAGAGCCACAGCAAUAGCCUUAGCAGGGGAUCUCAUAUCGAAACCAAUAUGGUAUGCUGCAAGCUGUAUUCACAAUGCUUUGGUGCGUAUGGACAAUGAUUAUCUUCGAUCAGCAAUCGACUACUUUGAACUUCAGCAGUGUCAUCAGGAACUAUCGAGCCUUGCUCAUGGAACUCAUGUAAGGUGUCCUAAUCUUGGGAUAAAUAGCUGGUGUAUAUUGCCCAUCUAUGAUGCUGAUUUUGGCUGGGGUAGACCAAUUUCCGUUGGGCGUUCUGGAAUUCGAAGUGAAGGGAAGGGCUACAUGGUACCUAGUGCAACUGAUGAUGGGAGUUUGUCACUGUCCAUUAGUCUGCAAUCUCAGCAUAUGAUAUCAUUUUCCAAGUUGGUUUAUGACAUAUGACUGAUUAAUGAGGAAACCAAUGUUUGUGACAUAAUUAAACCCCUAUGUCUCUUGUUAAUCUGAUCUAGUAUUAGUAUUGUAAGCUUUUUGUUGUGUGGAUUUCAGGCCAGUAUGGUUUUGUU